AUGCUCAGUUGCCAUCCUUGGCUUGGAUGUGAAGAGUUAAAUAAAGUUGAAUUUAUCAAGCAUUUAGGGAAAGGGGCUGUUAAAAAUGUGUCUUUAGUGAAAUGGAAUGAUAUCCCAAUUGUGGUUUCACUUCCAGCCAAUGCUGAAUAUAUGGAAGAUUUUAGAAAUGGAAUAGAGGCAUUAAAGUCAUUAAAUCCAAGCCAACAAGUCGUGCAGUUGAUUGGGUAUUGUGACGAGCCAGUUGCCCUUUAUACUGAAUAUCAUCCAUUCGGAAAUGCUGCUGAUUUCUUCACACAGUUUGGCUUAAAAAACCUUACAAUCGGCCAAAGCUUGGGAUUCUGCCUCCAGUAUUCAGAAAUUUUGAGAUAUUUACACAACCAUACAAGUGGACCAAGGGUAUUUUGUGAUUCUAACAGUUUAGAUAAACUUCUGAGCCAGCUACUGGUUACGUCUCAGUUAACUCUCAUCUUGAAUGACGCUGAUGCCUUACCAGUGGUGUUGGAUUCUUCAGGGAUAAAAUGUGGCCACAGACAACUGGAAGGUACGUUUGUUGCUCCUGAGCAACUGUGGCAUAUAGAAGGCGAGUUCAGUGAUGAUCUAAUGCCUGGCUACAAUGAAAAAACUGACAUCUGGAAAGCUGCAUCCGUAUGUGAUUAUUUUCUAAGACAGUCAGAUGAUGGAGAGAGUGUUCGAUACAGGCUUUUUGAUUUGCAUUCCCGAUGUAAACGUCAUGAUCCCAAAUUAAGACCAUCAGCCAAUGAAUUGAGAAAUGAAUAUAUUUCAGUUAUAAAUGAGUACAACAGCCAUUCUGAACUUUGA